AUGGAGUCAGAUGAUAUAAGCGUUCUGAGAUUCCGUUCUGUUUGUAAAUAUGAUGUAAUAAAAUUGCAGUCACUUUAUGAGGAAUGCUUUCCAGUCAGCUAUCCAUCCUCUUGGUUUCAGGACCUCCUUGAUAAUUCAUCUCUUAUAUCUAUUGCAGCAGUUUCAGGUGAUGACUUAGUUGGUAUCUUGGUAGGGACAGUAACGACCCUGGAAACUGUAGUGCUGAUGAUAAUAAAUUACUUGCAUCGAGUUUUUCCACUUUCGACCGAGUUGCAUACAUACUUAGUUUGGGUGUUACGUCGUCAUUCAGAUCCAGAGGUGUUGCAUCUAUUUUAUUGA